AUGGCGCUGCACGUACCACGAGCUCCGGGCUUUGCCCAAAUGAUGAAAGAAGGUGCCCAGCACUUCAGUGGCUUGGAUGAAGCAGUCUACAGAAAUAUCUCUGCAUGCAAGGAGCUGGCCAAAACGACCAUAACAGCUUAUGGCCCACAUGGUCAAAACAAGAUGGUGAUAAACCACCUGGAAAAGUUAUUUGUAACUAACGAUGCCGCUACAAUCCUGCGGGAGCUGGAUGUUGAGCACCCAGCCGCCAAGAUUCUGGUCAUGGCAACACAGCAGCAGGAGCUAGAGUGUGGGGAUGGGACCAACUUUGUCUUGGGCUUUGCUGGAGCCUUGCUGGAAAAUGCUGAAGAGCUUUUGAGAAUGGGUCUGUCUGUAGCGGAAGUCACAGAAGGCUAUGAGAUUGCUGUAAAGAAAGCUAUCGACAUCUUGCCAGGGCUGUCAAUCUGUGACAUAAAGAACCUGCGCAACAAGGAAGAGGUGCUGCCUGCUGUCCGUACGGCUGUCAUGAGCAAGCAGUAUGGCAACGAAGACUUCCUGGCUAAUCUCAUUACUGAUGCCUGUAUCUCCAUUCUUCCAGAGAAAUUCAGCUUUAAUGUAGAUAAUAUCCGAGUGUGCAAAAUAUUGGGCUCAGGUAUAUUGCAGAGCGAAGUGGUACAGGGGAUGGUGUUUAAGAGACAGGUGGAGGGUGAUGUCGCCAAGGUGGAAAAUGCAAAGAUUGUUGUCUACUCAUGUCCUUUAGACUCCAUGCAGACAGAAACAAAGGGUACAGUGUUGAUUAAGAAUGCGGAUGAGCUUCUUAACUUUAGCAAAGGAGAGGAGAAUUUGAUGGAGCAGCAAAUCAAAGACAUUGCCGAUGCUGGGGUCAAGGUAAUAGUGACCGGUGGUAAAGUAGGGGACCUGGCCCUCCACUACACCAACAAGUACAAGCUGAUGGUUGUCAGGCUGUUGUCCAAGUGGGACGUGCGCCGUCUCUGCAAGUCUGUGGGAGCUACACCUUUGCCAAAGCUGACUGCCCCAACAACAGAAGAGUGUGGAUAUUGUGACCGAGUGUACGUAGAUGAAAUUGGAGAUACACCUGUCAUAGUUUUCAAGCAAGACACGAACGAGAGCCCAAUAGCAACCUUUGUUAUCAGGGGUUCAACUGAUAACAUCAUGGAUGACAUUGAGAGGGCCAUUGAUGAUGGCGUCAACACAUUCAAGGCUCUGACAAAGGACAGCAGAAUACUGCCUGGUGCGGGAGCUGUAGAAAUUGAACUUGCUCGACAGAUUGCAACAUUUGGAGAGAGCCUGCCAGGGCUGGAGCAGUACGCAGUCAAGAAGUUUGCAGAAUCUCUGGAGCUGGUUCCUAGAUCGCUGGCGCAGAAUGCUGGUGUCAAGAGUGAUGCAGCUGCAGUCCUAGAUGCAGCCGAGGCGAAGAUCUUUGAUCUGUAUUACACUAAGCACUGGGCACUCAAAUUUGCCACAUCUUCAGCUUGUACUGUCCUCAAAGUUGACCAGAUCAUCAUGGCCAAGAGAGCAGGGGGCCCGAAAGCCAAAGAGAACAAAAACUGGGAUGAAGAUUAA